AUGAACACCGACUUCACGAAAAUCAAUGGCGUCAAAGUUUUCACUAACGUUGGCCUUUGGCCAUAUAGAGAUGGUGAAGUCCGGCUAUGGGGUGGAACAAUACGAUUAGAUGCUACCGAAGCCGAGACCGAUCAUUUGUACAAGGUUCGAUGCAGCUGCUAUAAAAGCCAUAUGGCUCUGUUCCGCUGCACUCAUGGCAGUGGUCGUGUGAGAAUGGGCGAUAUCAAGUAUUUAUGGCUAAAAGUACCCGAACCAGCAAUCACCACUGCGAUUCUGAGGCUUUUCAUUGACAAUCAAUCAGUUUAUCUGAACCUCUACAAACUCGAUGGUGCUGAAGAACUUUACUUCGGAACCGGAGACCCAGAUAAACUGGCCGCCAUCGGAAGAACCCCAAGCAGACCGAAAUGGGAAUGCAGUGAUACGAAUGAAAGAGCGUUUGAAGUGAUUUCCAAUCUUAUCAAACCACUCCUCGAAAAUGUUCCCAGUCGACUGGGAGACUAUCUCUCGGAAACAACUCCUAAGAGUACUGUAUGGCAGAGAAUGGAAGCGCUCGUCUACCCGGUAGUGCUCGAAUUACUGGAGGACCUCGGAGAAUUUGCAAAAAGGGAAAGCCGGAGAUCACGAUGGCCCGUUCAAGACGAAUCACUAACAAAGCCGUUAUCAGGAUGUAUAGCAACCGAUGUAACUGAACUGAUACUUAUCCGCUUAUCCGAAAAAUUACGUCAAGAGUACGGUACAUGCAAUUCGACGCCAAUUUUGCGAUAA